AUGAUGGGCCACAGAGUGGACUAUUUCAUUGCUUCCAAAGCAGUGGAUUGUCUUCUGGAUUCCAAAUGGGCAAAAGCAAAGAAAGGGGAAGAGGCCCUGUUCACAAACAGGGAGUCUGUGGUUGAAUUUUGCAAACAGCUUCUCAAGAAACAGUUCUUCCACCGGGCAUUAAAAGUGAUGAAAAUGAAGCCAGAGAAAGAUCCAAAGAAAGAAAAGGAGAAAGAGAAAGGAAAGACUGAUAGUGGAAAGGAAGACGAGAAAAAGGGGAAGAAAGAUUCUUCUAAGGAUGAAAAAACCAAGAAAGAAAAGGAAAAGGAAAAGAAAAAAGAUGGUGAAAAAGAUGAAAGCAAAAAGGAUGACACUCCUGGAACACCAAAAAAAAAGGAAACCAAAAGAAAGUUCAAGCUGGAGCCCCAUGAGGAUCAGGUUUUCCUGGAUGGCAAUGAGGUGUACGUGUGGAUAUAUGAUCCAGUCCAUUUUAAAACUUUUGCCAUGGGGCUCAUCCUUGUGAUUGCUGUGAUUGCUGCCACUCUCUUCCCACUUUGGCCAGCAGAGAUGCGUGUAGGGGUGUAUUAUCUCAGUGUGGGAGCUGGGUGCUUUGUGGCUAGUAUUCUUCUGCUUGCUGUUGCUCGCUGUAUUCUGUUCCUUAUCAUUUGGCUCUUGACUGGAGGUAGACACCACUUCUGGUUCCUGCCUAAUUUAACCGCAGACGUGGGCUUCAUUGACUCCUUCCGACCACUGUAUACACAUGAAUACAAGGGACCAAAGGCAGAGCAGAAAAAAGAGGAGAAAGCUGAGUCCAAAAAGCCUGUAAAGUCUGACAGUGAGGAUAAAUCUGACAGCGAGAAAAAGGAAGAGGAGGAGGGUAAGGUUGCUGAAGCAGCAGAGGGAUCAGGCACAGAAGGCUCAGGUGCGGACAGGCAGUCAGACACAGACAGUGACAGAAGAGAGGAUGACGGCUCACAGCACAGUAAUGGCAAUGGCAAUGAUUUUGAAAUGAUCACGAAAGAGGAACUUGAACAGCAAACAGAUGAAGGAGACUGCGAAGAAGACGACCAGGAUUUAAAAGCAGAGUCAGAGCCUCUUUGUGAUAAAUCUUAA